AGUAUAUAAGAGCUCAUGCCUAUACAAUAUUCGACUUUAUCAUCAAUUCAAACUACUACUAAGUUUGACUAGAGAAAAAUGGAGGUGGAGGAAGUUGAGCCCUUCCAUUGGUACAUCACUGACCGUGGAGUUAAGCUGUUUUUUCUCACAUUCUUUUUCUUCCUACUCUCCUUUUUCCUCCUUGUUUUCCUCUUCGUCCGUUUCAUUCGCAAGCAUGUUUUAUCCGCCGACGACGAUGACGUCCCGGAGUUCAACACGACGAGACGACGAUUGAACGUCAUUAUUCGACAUGAUGAUCACUCGGGUGGUGGCGGUGGAGUUACGGUGGCGGUGGAGGCUCCGCCAUCUCCUGCCUGGUCUGGCGUUGAUGUCGAGGUCAUCGAGAACCUGCCGGUCUUCACUCACGGGUUACCGGCGGCGGAGGGUUUGGACGAUGAUACGAGAAUGGGUCUCGGAGGAACCGAUGAGUGUUGCAUAUGUUUGGGAAUUUUUGAGGAUAAAGAGAUCAUUAAAGUGAUGCCGGAAUGUAUGCAUGUUUUCCAUUCGCAUUGUAUUGGUCGAUGGUUGACUGCUCGGUCAACGUGCCCUCUUUGUAGGUCAUCUAUAGGCUGCGGUGCAUAUGAUUAAUUCAUCAACUAAUUACUUGAAUUGAAUUGAUUUCACUUGUAACACUAUCAUAACUUUUAUGGAUCAAAGAAAAAAGGUAUUGAAAUGGUUCAAUAUACUCCCUCCUCCGUAUCGAAAAGGUUCAUCAAAUUGACUUUUCUUUAUCAAAGACAAUCAACUUUGACUGGUGAUAUUUUUUAAUACGAAAUCAUUUUGAAAAUGAAAGUUAUAUCAAAAUGUUCUUUAUUUACAAUAUUUUCACAAAAGUAUAAAAUUUAUAAAUUAUAUACAAAUAUAAUAAUUAAAAUCAUUGUCCAAAAUUUAUCUUCGUUGACUAAGAAAAGUCAAUAUGAUGAACCUUUUUGGGAUGAAGUUAGUAUAUAACACUAAAACAUACACACAAGUUCAAAAAAAAAGAUCUAGUAGGUUUUAUUUCUCAAAUAGUAGUGCGACUUAUGUAGUCUUAUACUCCUAUUGAAAGAAUAAAUUGAUUAAAAGUUCUCAAAAUAGGAGUGGAUGAGUUUCAUUUUUAAAAUAAAAUAUUGAUGAUCUGAUUUAUGAAAUCUAUACAUGUGUUAAUCCUAUUUAGGGUUUUUUUUGCUAGGUCGUGAGUGAGAAGUAGUAGUUGUGAUAGGAGCAGGGUAUAUAUGCAUCCGCAAUUCAGGGUACGUGCAUACCCAAACGAAAAAUAAGUUCUCACUACUCCGAUCACAUCUAUGGGGUUUUCAAUUUCAUGAUUGUAUUUUCAAAAUGCCUCUACAGUCUACACAUAUUAAAUAUAUUUAGGCAAAAUUAUAGACCCUUGUAUUAUUCAUGUUUAGACAUUUAUCCUAAAAUAUUACUAAAAUAAGUCUUAUUUAUAAUAAAAAUGUAAAUUGAAUUACUAUGAGCGUAAUAAAAGUGUAUAAAUUGAAUUACUAUACCUAAAAUGUAAAUUGAAGUACGUGUUAUAAAAUUAGUUUUUUGUAAUUGCUCUAACAGAGAAAUUGUCUCAUCAAUCCGGGUUGACCAGGAGUGCCGUACGUCCAUGGCCGUUUGGAGUGCUUCCGGUGGAUUUUUUUAUGAAAUUUCGUAAGAACAUUUUUCAUCAAGUAUAGAUUACGUCUACAAAGUUGAAAAUUCAAUCGAAAAGUCCAUUAAUAUGAUUGUUUUGAUUAAUAAUUGUGACAAGAUGAAAUAGCUAAUAGGGGUAUUUGGUUACAUAACUUUCAUUUUAUAAAUGUCACGAAGAUGAUCAUUAUUCUUUGAAAAUGUCAAAAUUUUCACUAAAACUGAUAUCAAGAUGACUUUACUAAUACAUGUUGAGAGAUGAUUGAGGCGGUAGCAAAUAGAGGCUGCAUUUCUUUUUACAUUUUUUAUUUUUUAUUUUAAUGUUUAUGUUUGUGUUUUAAAUUUUAUAUUUUUUGUAUUUUUUCUAUUGUAUUUAAUAUUUACUUUCUUGUUUUUGAUAUUUUUUUACAUUUUUUAUUAUAAAUAAAGUUAUGUUAUUACUUUUAUAUUUUAAUUGUUAAUGAAAAUAUAAGUUGUAUUAAAACAAAGCAAGUGUGGGAUUGAAAAACUACUCCAGGAAAAUUUUAGAGUUAUACUCCUAUUUUAGUAAUUUAAGUUUCAUUUAGUCUUGUUUGGGGAACUUCCUCAAAUUAUAUGAGAGAUUUACCUAAAUAGGACUAAAACAUUAAGAAAGUGGAAAAGUAGGACUUCAAUGUUUUAUAGGACUAAAAGUGUUGAAACUUGACAAAAUUACCCUUAAUAUAAAACUCUGAGUUAAUCUCACUAUCACAACGGCUAUCCUCCAGACGUAGCCACCCUCUAACAAAAGUGUCGUAGCCAUCUAAUAGGAAACCAUCGCCAUUGCCG